CUCCCCGGUACGGAAUCAGGUUCCUAUGUGAAAGAAACAGCUGGCGGCGAAUGGUUGGUCCAUCUUUCCAGAUUUAGUACCUCUGCACAUCUGACAGCAUGAAUCCUGCCCUUUGCAUUUCUCUCUCCAUAGUCUUUGUCCUGACUUUGGGGCAGAGCAUGUCCCUCUGUGUCCCUGUUGAGCACAUCAUCCAUGUGGAGAAGAGAGAGUGUGCCUAUUGCUUGGCUAUCAACACCACCAUCUGUGAAGGAUUCUGCAUGACCCGGGACAGUAAUGGUAAGAAGCUACUGCCCCGGAGUGCCCUGUCCCAGGAAGUGUGCACUUACAAGGACAUGGUGUACAGGACUGUGCUGAUCCCUGGCUGUCGGCACCAUGCCGUCUCCUACUACUACUACCCUGUGGCAGUGAGCUGCAAGUGUGGGAAAUGCAACACUGACUAUAGUGAAUGUGUGCAGGAGGCAAGCAGCUCUGGUUAUUGCGCUAUACUCCAGAAGCCAUAUAACCCAUGAAGCCUGACACACACUCACAUGCCCAUCAGUGCAUGGCAGGUCUUGGGUGGCCAAGAAGAACUAGGAGUAGCAUCUCUUACACUUGUUCUCUCAAACUAUUCUCAGAUGGGA